GGGACAUCUUCGCAAUGGGCCGCGAUAUUUUGCUGCUUGCCCUAGUGAUUUUUACGGGAUGCGUCCUUGCAAAUGACAAUGAUGAUGAUGGGACCAAAGAGGAAAUGGAAGUUUAUAAAAUUGCUGUUGAGUUCGUCGAUGAGUGUGGAUCUAAAGAAAUUUCGUUAUGUUUAAAAGAAAGAGCCCUUCGAUAUAUCGACUCCCUACCGAACGAGCUUGAUGUCGGCGCUGGUUUCAAAAUAAAACCAAACGGAAGAUUUUCUAGAAAAAAUAUGGAAGAUAAAUUGCCGGAAGAGCCAAGAGCUAGGGAAGAUGCUGUAGAAAAUAUUUUAUGGGACAAGGUAUCUGAUUACUUAAGCUCGCAUACUAUUGAACUUAAAGUACCUCCAGAUACUCUUCAGGAUAUGAAACAAUCUGUUGAAGAAGGUCGUGGCAAAGGAGGUGGCGGAGGCGGCGGAAAAAAUAAAGGCGGGGGAGGUGGAGGUGAUCGUAUGAAGGGUAUGAUGAUGCUGAUUCAACUUAAAGCUGCCAUUCUCGGAGCCAUAGCCUUAAAAUUUGUAGCUUUAGUCGCCUUUAAAGCAUUACUAGUAGGUAAAAUAGCUCUUACCAUAGCUUCGGUAAUUGCUUUGAAGAAGCUAUUGGAGCACAAGCAUCAUACUUCCACAUACGAAGUGCUAUCGCAUCCCCAUCAUGAUGAAUAUGGGCACUUCGAUAGGUCUUUCACUCAACAAGAUCAAUUGGCUUAUAGAGGUUACGAAGGGGCAGCUAGAAGUAAGAAUAACAAAUAAUUAAAAGUAUCGAGGUCACGUGUAAUAUUAUUUAUUGUGAAUUAUAUGUGUUAUUACCUAUAAAAUAAGCUAGAUGAGUUAUUUUGCAAGAUAAAUAAAAAAAUAUUUCAAACUUCAAUUCUUAAAGUAGAAAAAAAUUGAAACUGAAUUUUCUUACAUCUACUCCUAAACUAAUAGCUACAAUAUGUUUUUCUUUAACUGUAAAAAACUUUAAAUUCAAUUAUACAUUUAUUUUAUUUUUCUUGCACUUUAUGAAGUACUAAGCUUCCAAUUCAAUUAAAUCAACAAUCAGUUUACAACACACGUGUCAAGCUAAUUAGGACCCUACUCUUAACGGCAAAAUUUAAUUAAUUUAAUGAAAAUAGGUCAUACAUUUGUUUGGUAUAAAAUUAGGUUUAGGAUAUAUUUAUAGUUAUUUUUUAUAUACUUUGGAAUCACUUUCGUAAUCAAGUUGAAAACCUCGGCCUAUCUGAUACAAAGGUCUUGUUGUUUGACACGAAAGAAAAAGGAUUUCUUUCUCUUCUUCAUGUCAUACACAGACAAGUUUUGUCAUAUAAAGCCGCAUCCACGUUAGAUAAAAUGCGAUACAGUGACCAAAUAAUCCUCAUAAGAGGUAAAAACGCACAGUUAUAGAAUUAAACUUCAAUAAGUCAUUUGGAAAACUAUAGCUGAUCUGUUUUAAAGAAUUAUGCAAGUGGCUCUAUCAAAUUUUCAAUAAUUAAAUUUAAAUAUUUUUAUACUGUCAAAUUUUUACGGGUAAUUCUAGCGUUAAGACUUAGCAAUUAUAUCGAAUGUUAAUGCCUGGUCAAUGCAUUUUGAAAAUGUUCGUAAAAUUAUUAUGUAUGGAAAUAAGUGAAGGCUCUUAGUUUUUAAGUUUUUAAUACAUAAAUAUAAUCAAAUCUAACUCGGUGGUAGUUUUAUAACAAUUUAUAUUUUUUCAUAUUAUUUAUAAUACCUACACAAUAUGCCCUAAAAUAUGUAUUUUUCUAAUGGUGUAGGAUAUUAUAUUUAUUUAGUAUAAUGUUAUAUUGUUAGAGAAUUAUGCUCUUCAUGCCAAAUCUCAUUUUUAUAGGUAGGUAGCUAAAUAAUAAGAACAUGUUUUUCUGAUGUAUGCAUAAUUUAUUUUUAGUUUUUAUUUGCGUAUUUGGCAGUAUAACAAUUUUUGAAUUUUAUUGUCGAAACUUGUCUAGUUCUUAGCUCAACUGAUUGAAUUGCAAGCAAAUAAUGAAUAACUAUGAUCAAUAAAAAUUGCCCAAUUUUUUGUUUGUUACGUGUAGUUGCCUUUCAUGCAAAUUUUUAAUUUAUUUAUUUAUUUGUUUUUAACCUUUAUUUGUUAUAAAUAUAUUUUGAUUACUAAAUGGCAGUUUUAUUGUGAAACCGCGAUAACCAGGAACAGUAUCCAUAAUAUGUACAACUAUACUCAAGAUUUGAACUUUGUUUUUUAUUAUUCAAGUUGAAACAUAGGUAUUA